CACAGUUUCAGCACAUUGUGUAUUAUUAUGCAUUUUCUUUUUGUAGACACUGGCGUCAGCAGAUUUCUUGUUUCGUUUGUUCUACAACCUAAAACAGAAAACAUUGACCUUAUUCUUCAACGAAUAAACAUUUAUGUCGACGUGAAAACACCAAUUGAAGUGUUUGGAUUGCCCAUGCAUAUGGAACCUAAUUCUUUCAAGACGAGCAUGACUGUAUGGGAUGGGAUCAAAACAGUUGUACGCUUUGAACUAAUGAUGAAGUAUGGGUCGUUGGAAGAGCGAGGCACAUUAGAAGGCGAAAACCAAAUUGCUGAAUUUUUACAUGAACAGUUUCAGAUUUCUCUUCGAGAUAUAUAUGAUAUUACUUUCAUGGAAACGGAACAGGGGAAUACUGCUGUCGAGUUUUCGUUACCGCCAAUAAUGACAAAACAAAAACAGACAUUGUUAACGAAUAUGGAGUUUUUCUUUGGCGGCUCGUGUGAGGAUACAUGCAAACUGCAGGGUAAUACGGACACAGUGGAUGAAUGUAAAUCCUGCGGUUAUGUCAGCGUUUUCGGAACAAAUGUAUACACAGACCAUCAGUCAUUCCAGUCUAGAACAGAAACAUGGACAGGAAACGAAAGGAGAUUCGCCAUGAUGGAAAUUGAAAGCGAUGUGUGUCCGGAUCACCAGGAAAUUUGCACAAGCGGUCAGAGUGGAUCCAAGUGCGUUGGAAUUGGAAGAUGCGAACCAAACUUUUACAAGAUCAACAUUCGUAAGUUAAAAUUAAUUUGUACAUGCUUAAUUGGACAGAGCCGUACUAAGCCGCAUGUCCCAUUAUAUAUUUAA